AACAAUAUAUAAUUUCAUUAAUCAUAGAUUUACCCAGUACACAUUCUGAGUAAUGUUAGUAAACAAGACACUGUAACUUGCAAUCAGUUUUUAAGGAGAACACAGAGGAAUUACUUACAUAUGAUAUAAGAAUAUUUCAAGGGGGGAAAAUGCCAGGAAAGCUACAUCUUGUGCUGGUGUUUGUACUGUACAUACCAGAAGUUUACUGUGCUACAAAACUGAUACACCAAUCUAACACUGAAGACAAUUCUUCAACAGUACACAGCAUAAAACAUUAUGAUAGAUACAUCCCCAAGAUAAAUAGUGAUGCUAAAAUGAUGUUUGAAAAUAGAAUUGCUGAAUUAAAUAAGAUACAGUUACAUUUGUUUGACCGAAUAAAGCGAAGAGUAAAACGACCAAAGAGUCUUUCCAGCAAUGAGUAUCUUCCACUACAAAACAAAUUAACAGAAUGUGCUGUUGACACAAGGAUAUGUGACUGCUACAGAGAUGUUAAGACAAACCAAUCAAAUAUCAACUGCCGUUAUAAGAAUCUCUACAACAUACCAGAGUUUAAAUCUGUUGAUACCAUUUAUCAUAAAAUCACAUUCAGUGCCAACAACUAUAUAAAAAGCCUUCCUACUGGAGCGUUUAGGAAUCUAAAAGUUGAACAAAUAGACCUUCUUAACAACAAGUUAGCACAAGUACAAUCAGGAGCAUUUCAAGGCUUAGAACCUUACCUGUAUGAACUACUAAUUGAGGGGAAUGGAGUACCUGGAGUUGAAAUUCCUUUUCCAGUUAUGUCAGUCCUAAGAAAACUGCGUCGACUCAAAGUUAAAAAUUUCAAACAAGACAGCAUAUCAAGCUCAAACUAUUUUCCAUACUUUCCAGACCUUGAAGCUCUAGAGUUUGAUUCUAUACCUCUGGAAAGUAUUGAUAAUCUGGCAUUUUUUAAAAAACUAACAAAGCUUCAACUCCUUAACUUUCAAUAUGCAGAGUUUGUACAAAUUCCAGUGGUAAGCUUAAGCUAUUUGGAAAGCCUAAAUAAUCUUUAUAUUAGGUUCACUAAAAUAAACACAGUCCUCUCAAAGUCAUUUGAGAAACUUACGAACUUGCUUGAUCUGGAUUUAUCCUUCAAUCAGAUAGAGACUUUGGAAAGUGAUGCUUUUCUUGGAGUUGCCAAUCAUCUAACACAUUUAGAUCUAGGUUCUAAUAAACUUCAGCCACACUCUUUGGUGGCAUUGUCAAGAAAACAAUGGACAAAUCUCAAGCAUCUGACACUAUCCUACAAUGAUGGCCUCACAUAUAUGCCAGCAAAUGUCUUCAAAAACAUGCCAAACCUAGAAGAAUUGUUUCUUGUUAACCUGAACUUGGUGCAUAUAUCUAGAGAUUUAUUUACUGGCUUAGACAACUUGUUAAGUCUUGACCUUGGUUGGAACAACAUAGAAUCAAUACAAGAUGGAGCAUUUCUAAACAUGAACAAGCUUUUUGAGUUAAAACUAGAGUACCAAUUUAACUCUGCACCAGUUCCUAAAACAUUACAAUUAAACCCUGGUGCAUUUAAGGGAUUAGAAACAAGUCUUAUCUACUUGUUUCUUGAAGGAACUACCUUGGGUUCAUACCAAUUAUGGACAACUCUUAGGCUCUUUAAAGAAUUACAACAAUUGGCAAUGAGUGAAACUAAAGUUAGUGAAAUACCAUACUAUGCUUUCCGGGAAAAUAAAAAACUUACUAGAAUUGAGCUGAAUAAAAAUGGUAUCAAGUACUUAAAUCAAGCAACAUUUAAAGGACUUGAAUAUUCACUUAAAGAUGUAUCACUCAAUGAUAAUAACCUAGAAACAAUCAGUGACUGUGUGUUUCAGAAUUUCCAGAAACUUGACUACAUUCAUCUUAUGCGGAACCCUCUAAUGUGUGACUGCAGAUUAAAAUGGCUGCACAACUUUGUCCUUGAAAAGAACAAAACUGUACCAACAUUUUCACUAAAUGACUUUAUCUGUAAGCAACCUCAGAAUUAUGCAAAUAUGCCCCUGUACAAAAUCCCAAUUAAUGAGCUAAUAUGCACAAAGAACAACCCAGAGAGAUGCAUAGAUGAUGAAUUGACUAGUAGUCCAGUAAAAACUGUUACAACAGCUACUAGGUCAACUACAAAAAGCACUACACAAAGUUCUACUGACAACUGGCUACAGUUGUCUAUAGAAGGGAGAACAAGCAGUUCAUUUACCAUAGCAUGGCGUGUUUCUGAUCAAACUACAAUCACUGGAUUCCAACUAGAGCAUCAGCUAACAACAUUUCCAGAAUCAAGCAAAACACUAAAGAUACACAAGGAUGAGAGAGUCUACACAAUUCAUGACCUCAUUCAAGGUAAUCUCUACCAAAUUUGUGUUACGGCAGAACUGACAGACACCAAAGAUAAGUCUGUUAAAGAUUGUAAAGUAGCACAAACAAUUGGAAAAAGCUCAUAUACAGAUAAACAAAGUAGUAGUGAUUCAAGAAACAUAAUUAUUGGUGCCAUUAUAGCAACAGUUGCUGUUGUUGUUCUUGUGGCUGUUGGUGUAUGUGCUGUUGUUAAAUACAAGGUCCAAAGACUGAAGGAACUCCGGUUUGCUUUAAACUCUCCAAUACAGAGAAAUCCAUACACAGAGGAUGGCAUGAAUGUAUGUGUUGUGCCAAAUGAAUACACUGAAAUAGAUGUUGCAAGAUUAGCAAAUAAAUACAAAAUAAAAUGUCCAAAAGACAUACAAAGACAAUUUGGAAUAGAUAAUACAUGUUACAAAAAUGGUGAAGAGAUAAGUCCUUAUAAUACAUACCAAAGAAUUGGGAAAGGCAAGAGAAAAAAUCCUUAUGAAAAUGACGACGAGGAAGAUGUAGUCAUCCUUAACACAGAAAGUGAUCAAGUUCACUUCAAAACUGACCUAGAAGAAAGGCAUUCUGCACCUUCAAGAUUAGAUGCAGGAGACCUUAAGAACCAUUAUGACAGAAAUUCCCGACCACUUCCAGCAACACCGGCUGACCAAAGUAACCAAAAGAGAAGCUCAACAUUAAAACCAGUGAAGAAAGUAAAACCUGUCAAAAAACAGGUACUUGUUGCCAAAGCAUCAGUGUACAACAACAAGGAUGAAAUUGAUAAACAAAAUGAGGAUUAGAUAUUAAAUAUCUAUGGAAACACAAACAUAAAAUAAACUGAGCAUGGCACUCAAUGUUUGUACUAUUUCUCAAUUUUUAAGCACCUCAUGUGCAUAAAGGCAGUGUGCAAUAAUGUAUAUAACAUAAAUAUAUAACUACUCAAUAUUGUAUUUAUUUCAAUUACCAGUAUGUGUGUUAUUAAAAUAUAUUAUAAUAGUUA